GUGUAGAAUUCCCUCCUUUUAGGAAUAAGAGGUGGUUACUUAAAAUCAACGGCCCAUAGUCGAUGGCAUUUGGGCGGGAAAAGCAGCUUGUAGAAUUCCCUCCUUUUAGGAAUAAGAGGAUAAGCAUUUGUUUUUUUUUAAUAAAAAAAAUUUAUGUGAGAAAUACGGAGUAUUGAUAAACGAAGCAGUCCGUAUUCCAUCAAAUACGAGUAUUAUUACUCUUUGUUGAUAGAUAUAGAAAGGGGACGUCGGGCUAGGGUUUCGGUGCGGUUGAAUUCAAGUGGGAAAUACAUCAAAAGGAUGAAGGUGGAGAGGGAUGAAGAUCCGUUAGCUGAAUCGGACUUGAAAUCAAAGUCCAGUUCCAAGCGUCGCCGCCGCCGAUCGACGUCUUACAAAGCUUUACCAGAUCGGACGCUGAAGCUGUUACGAAAGAAGGUAUCCUUUCCAAACAUAUCCAAGCGUCGACAAAAAUACAUCAAAGCUUCUAUCUUGGUCUCCUGCUUUGGGGAUACUUACGACCUCCGUGACCCACAUGCCCUAAGUAAGGAAGGUAAGAUCGGCUCAUAUUUUGAUAAGGAAUGCCCCAUUUAUUCCCAAUCCUUCCCACGCGUGCCCAGUAUCAAAGUAGGCAAACGGCUGAAUGUUUUAGAUUUGCUAGGGGAUAACCUCUUGAGUUUCACAAGUUAUGUGGGUUCGUGUGAUCCGAAUAAAGGUGUGGAUAUGGGGUUUAAACCAGGCUUGGGUAGUCAUGAUGAUGUUCAUUCCGUAUUGAGAAGUUGUGUUAAUGCUGAUCAAGAAUGUGUUUUGGCAUCUACCUCAAGCAAGACAACAGGCAAUGAGAAUGUUAACAUUGAGAGCACCCUAAACCUGAAGGGUAAAUACAUCAUGAUUUGUUGUGUGUUUGUGCCUUCGAUAUGGAGUUCAGCCGAUGGACCCGUGGUUUAUCACACAGCUCUAGCUUCUCACGAGCUUGCUAAAAGAGACGAUUUUGUGCUGGUGGUGGUGCCAAUGAUGAGGAAGGGUUUCACUCAUUCUAUCAAAACAUAUCUGCACUUCUUGUCGGGAUUUUCCUGCCUUGCUGUCCCUUUCCAUGACUCUCCUCGGAGAGAGUACAUUUGCUCAGCACUCGGUUUUGAUGGUGAGACCAAAGUCGUGAUUCUAGAUCCAUCUCAGAAGGUGCUUUACCAUGGCCAGCCCAACAUGUUUCUUGAGUUUGGAGGAGCUGAAUGCGAUUGCUUCCCCUUUACUCCGGAGAGAAUGGAGAUUGGUUUAUGCCGUGAUUCUAAUCUGCAAGAGCUCUCCCUGAAUGAGCUUUUGGGCCUUAGGGACACUGAUGUUCUGUGCAAUAUCAAGAAGGAUGGUCGUAUCAGUGUUUCAGAACUUAAACAGAAGCUUGUGGGGAUUUACGUGUGCUUUGAUGGUACAAGUUUGAGGAGGCUUCAGGAGGUUCAGGAGGAAUGUAGGCGGCAAGAGUCUGGGCUGGAGAUUGUGGUGGUGUGCUGUCCCUUCCAUGUGCAGGUGCCACCAAAGUUGCACGAGGAGUUGAUCAUUGAAGCUCAUGCAAGUCUUAAGCUGCUAGGCUGGUGGUGUUUUCCCUUUGACAAUGUCGCAUGCCAUAGGCUACGGCGAAUGUGUAAAGUUGACAGUAAUGAGGAAGGUGUUUUCAUAGUAGAUCCUGUUGAAAAGCAUGUGGAUCCCUAUGGAUUACCAAUCAUCCGUGACUUCGGCAUGCACGGUUAUCCCUUCACCAGGAGGAGUUUGAUUGAGAAGGAAUUUCAAAGGAAAAUGGGACUGAGAUUGAACUCAUUACUACUUCCUUGGGAACAUGUUUAUACCACUAUUGAUUCCUGCACCUGGAUUGAUAUAUGUACAGAUAUGCUUACGAACAAGAUUGUUGUUUUGUAUCUGUACAAAGAGAAGGAGAAAUUCCUAGCUGAUAAAUUGAGUGCAUGGCAUAAAAAGGAUAUUAAGAGAAAGUUUUCAAGUGUUGUUGCGGUGGUUACUGUAAGCAUAGAUGGUAGCGGCGCUAGUGAUAAAGACUUUAUGAAGAAGGGGUUGUUGGUAUGCCUUGCAGACCCGACCAAGUCAGCCAAACUUUGUGCUGAUUUCUUCCACCCUCUCUGCGGGCCACACGAGACUCUUGUUUUUUUUGAUGAAGAUGGCCGGAUUACAUCCAUGAACGCUUCUCAAAUUUUGGAAUCACAAGGUCCUCCUUUCCUUGGCAACCUACGUGAAGAGAUUGGCCGGGAAUUUGAUAAUGCUGGGUUUCAUUACAUGCGGCAGCCACUUUGAUGACUGAUUAUGAAGGGUUUGCUUGUGAUUGAUUUUGGAUUUGAUGUCCAUGAUUUGUUUUUUUUUUUUUUUGUGUUUUAAUUUAGACUCCUUCAAGUUUAACGUUUAUAAGUUACUAAAUAGUAAAUACAGUCUCUCCCC